ACGUGUUUGAGCUGCUCUGCCCUGAUUGGUCGCUCCUGUGGCGGCUGCGUGUGAAACUCGCCGCCGCGGAGUUUUCUCCACGUAGCUUAAGUGUAGCCACGUUUGAUUCGGUUACAGGAGGAGGGGACACAAGCCAGGCUGUGUUUAGACACCGACUUUCAGGCAUGGAUUAAAUAUGAAAUAAUCGUUAAAACGGUUAUUAGAGCGUUCACGAUGACUUGUCCAGAGGUGCUGGGGUUUGUGCUGCUGGCCGCGGGCCUUGUGUUCAUCCUCCCCGGGCAGACUGCAGCCUGGGACGCGGAUUUAGAGCUGUUCGACCUGGUGGAGGAAAUCCCGCAAACGUUUUACGAAUUUCUAUCUGUUAACCAGGAUGCCCCAUUAUCUGAGAUCAGAAAGGCGUACAGGAGGCUUUCUCUCAUCCUUCACCCUGAUAAAAAUAAAGACGAGAAUGCUGAGACUCAGUUCCGUCAGCUCGUUGCCAUCUAUGAAGUUCUUAAAGAUGAGGAACGGAGAAAAAGUUAUGAUGACAUCCUGGUUAACGGGCUUCCUGACUGGAGACAGCCCGUAUUCUAUUACCGCCGUGUCAGGAAGAUGAGCAACGGAGAGCUGGGCUUCCUGCUCUUCCUCAUCCUCACCGUGGGCCACUAUGCUGUAAUCUGGUCCAUUUAUUUGGAGAAGCAGUUGGAUGAUCUCCUUAGCAAGAAGAAGAGGGAGAAGAAGAAGAAGCAAAGCAGCAAGUUGGCCGAGGAGCCGAAGACCAUGGGGCAAGAGAAGAACGAGAGGUCAGAAAAACCUCACUGGCACGAUAUCCUGCCACUCAAGCUGAGCAUCUGGCUUUACUACUCUCUCAAGUCUCUUCCUCAUGCCAUACAGGACGUAAAACAGUACUACAAAGAGUAUAAAGAAAUGAAACAGAGAGAAAAAGAGCAAGCAGAAGCAGAGGCUCAAGCAGAGCAAGAAAUGCAGCAAAGAGAGAAACGGCCAAAGGUGAAGAAACCCAAAGUGGAGUUUCCGGUUUACGAGGCUAGUCAGGUGGCGUACAUCCCCGCGUACGACCAGGGGACGUCCAUUGAGGACAUCGAGGAUCAAAUGGACGACUGGCUGGAAGAUCGUAAAGCACAAAAAAAGAAAACUCCAGAGUGGACAGACGAGGACCUCAGCCUGCUGACUCGCUGCAUGGGGAAGUUUCCCGGAGGAACCCCGGGGCGGUGGGAGAAGAUCGCUCAUGAGCUGGGCAGAUCUGUAAAUGAAGUCACAACAAAAGUAAAACAGAUCAAAGACGGCGUCUCAAAUUCAUCAGGGUUGGUCAAGCUCUCAGAUUUGAAGAGUAGUGCCAUGCAAGGAAAGGGCGUGGUGCCGGAUAGCCUCAUGACCCAGCGAGAGGAGACGGGGCUCCCCGAAGAGCCCUCGGAACCCGACGCGUCCGAGGAACCCGAGAGCAAAACCUUAAGGAGACGGAGCAAAAAAUCCACGCCAGGGGUUGCUUUAGCAGGAGGCGGUGUGGACGAGAAGGAAAAAGUAAAAGGACGCAGACAGAGAGACUUUGACCCCACAGCUGUAGACGAGGACAGCGAAGAAGAGAAAAAGCAGCCGAAGGAAAAGCCGAGCGCUCCCGACGAGGUCUGGACGCAAAACCAGCAGAGGCUGUUAGAGCUGGCGCUGCAGCAGUACCCACGCGGCACGGCAGAGCGCUGGGACAAGAUCGCCAAAGUGGUGCCCGGGAAAAGCAAGGAGGAGUGCAUGAUCCGGUUUAAGCUGCUCGCUGAACUGGUGCAGAAAAAGAAACAGGCCAAGAGCUGACGAUUCAAUCCUCUCUUCGUCCUCUUUCUGUUCUUUCAUAUCUCUCUUUCUCUCUCUCUCUCUCUCUCUCUCUGUGUCAUGUGCCUUAGCUUUGCCCAAAUUCAUGCUGUAUUAAAGUUGGGUCGGUUCCCCAGCUGUCUGGUUUAUACUUCUGUGCUAACAGCAUGGCGUGCUCGGCCAAAGGGAGGAGCUUAUUAUUUAUUCACCAUUUUCACAAACUGUUCCGUUCGACAUCUAAAAAUGUUAUUUUAUUUAGAAAUUAUAGAAAGUAGUGAUCCUCAGUGCUACACACAGCUGCGCUGCUCCUCUAUUCGUUCUGUAGUUUUCCAUUUUUCCAUCUGUUUUUCAUGUUACAUACAAGUAGGGACCCUUGUGUUCACACACACACUCGCAAAAGUAUAAACCAGUCCCCAGUAUUGCAGUAUUGGACAAACCCAUCCAUGAUCUGUAUUAUGUGAAGCUGCAAAUGCAUAUAAAUCAGUUUUAUUAUUUAUUAUAGUUUUUUUUUUUCCUCUGUGGCCUUUGUUUCUCCGCAUGAGGAACAGAAACGCUAAACUUCUUAUGAUUGAUUUUCAUUGAAUAUUUCCAAACAUGCUGUGCAGCCUCUGUUUUCAGAGACAGUGUUUGGCAGUGUUUUUAUCUGUUAAAGAGACAUAAAUCAUUUACAUACAACUGA